AUGGCUCAAGUCGACCUGAGGAUGGCUGCACAGCCCGAGUGCAGUCCAGUUCCUCCCCACAUUCCUCCGCUGCCACAGCACAAAAAAGAACAUCCUCGCACGCUCCAACACCACAACAUCUUCUACGAUCUCUGCGCAGCCCUCGCGCUUCACGAUCAAGAUCGACCUUCUGACCACCACACACCAAGGACAACCGCAAACAUGGCACCCGCAACCUGCACAUGCAUCGCUUCGCCGUCCGAAACCAUCACUCUUCCCUACAACAUCACCGCGCCCAACGCCAUUACGUCCGCAUUCCUGGGAACCACGGACCUGCGCCUGAAGAUCCUGGUAUCCUUCGCCAUUUUUGCCGUUCUGCCAUACAUUAUCCUCGCCGAAGACCACAAACGCAGGGAGACCUCGCACAACAUCCUCAUAUGGUCCACCGUGAUCAUCGCGGUGCUGCAUUUUCUCUGCGCUUUCAAGGCCCAUGCCAAGUAUCCGCAGCCUCAUUGGGUGUAUGCGCUGGACUCCUUGUUUCUGGUUCUCGUUCUCGUCUCAGCGCUUGUCACCCUGCUCGCUUUGAGCGAUCAACGGCUGCUCAAGAAGCAAAACGUGGAGGUGUGA